UAAUGGUUCUUUCUUGGAUUGUAAACUAAAAACAAAAAGUGGCCACCAUGAACCACCACAAAGAACAAACUGAAGCCACCAUCAACCUAUCUGUUUUCAUAGCACAGAUCAUGUCAUCGGAGAGCAGCCGAAGAGACCAUGGUGGUGUCGCCUUCCAACCACCUUAUCUCAGAAACCCAAAUCUUGAAGGAACAAAUGUUGGGGCCUCGAUGAUCAUUCACCGUGGUGGCUCGGGGUUGUUAUCAGGUGAGAUGAAUGAUAGUUGUGGUGUUAAUAUCUAUGUAAAUAAUAAUAUUCAGGGGUUAAAUAAUUCUAUAAUGAUUGGAAGCCGAUUAUAUAUGCGUGAUCCUGGAGUUUGGUUGACAUUAAAAGAUUCAAAGUUGGAGAGAUGGUUUUCUAAGAAAACCGAUACAAGUUGUUUUUCUGUAGGAUUUUAUGUGUUAUUGGUUCUUGUGAUUCUUUUGGCAUUUGUUGUGAUGUUCAUGUAAGUUAACUUGCUUUUUAUUUAUGUAUACGAAUUGUUAUAGACAUUUUUUUUUACCUAUCUAUACAAUCAUGUCAUGUCAGAACAUCCAAAAAAAACAA